UUAAAUAGUUUCAAAAUGCCCGGAGAUGUGAUGAUUGGAGGGAUGUUUCCUAUUCAUUACAGAGUAGUAUCCAUAAAUUCAUCAUCCAGUACGUCGCCACAAUCUUCGGGAUGUGAGGGAUUCAAUUUCAGAGCUUUCCGCUGGGCCAGAGCAAUGAUCCAUGCGAUUAAUGAGGUCAACCAAGAUGAUUCAAUUCUGCCUGGUAUCCAGCUGGGAUACACAAUCUAUGACUCUUGUUUUACCAUUUCCAAAGCUGUUGAAGGAACAUUAACGUAUCUGACUGGACAGGAUGAAGCGGUACCCAACUACCGGUGCGGCUCUGGAGCUCCUUUGGCAGUACUGAUUGGAGCUGGAGGUUCAGCUCUGUCUGUUGCAACUGCCAGAAUUCUAGGGCUGUACUAUUUUCCUCAGGUGGAUUACUCGGCCUCUUGCUCAAUUUUGAGUGAUAAAUUUCAGUUUCCCUCCUUUAUCCGAACCAUACCAAGUGAUACUUUUCAAUCCACAGCGAUGGCAAAACUUGUGAUGCACUUUGGAUGGACAUGGGUGGGCACAAUAGCGUCAGAUGAUGACUAUGGGAAAUAUGGAAUUAAGCGAUUUAAAGAAGAGGUAGAAAAGGCUGGUGUAUGCAUUUCAUUUUCUGAGACUAUCCCCAAAGUUUACGCAAGAGAGAAAAUAGUUCGGAUUGUUGACACCAUUGAAGAAUCAACUGCCAAAAUCAUUGCCGUCUUCUCUGCUGAUAUUGAUCUGAGCUCAUUGAUAGAAGAAGUCAUGAAACGCAAUAUUUCUGACAGAACGUGGAUAGCAAGUGAAGCUUGGAUUAACUCUGCUUUGAUUUCCAAACCAGAAUAUUCCUCGCUUUUGGGUGGAACCAUUGGAUUUGCAAUUCCACGAGCUGAUAUCCGUGGUCUUUACGAACAUCUAGUUCAGUUAGAUCCAAGAAAUACUGGAGAUAAACUGAUAACUGAGUUCUGGGAGAGAGCCUUUGAUUGCAUGUGGCCUGAGUAUGGUGUGUCUGUCAGUAGAAUGGCUGAUUACAAAAUGACAAAGUAUAAUAGAACAGGUGUAGAUGCUAGAAUUCAUAAUAUCCUCCCUAUUUCUCAGCGGUUCUGCACAGGAAAGGAGAAUUUGAAUGAAAUUGAUAAUACAUAUACUGAUGUAUCCCAGCUGAGGCUGACGUACAGUGUGUAUAAAUCUGUAUACACUGUAGCACAUGCUCUUCACAAUAUGUAUACCUGUAAGACAGGUGAAGGGCCAUUUGUAAAUGGAUCAUGUACAAACAUCAAAGACUUUCAGCCAUGGCAGCUUAUGUAUUACCUGAAAAAUGUUCGGUUUCAGAGCCUUCUAGGUGAAGAAAUAUAUUUUGAUGCAAAUGGGGAUAUUGAUGCAAUGUAUGAUAUUAUAAACUGGCAGAGAACCUCCAAUGGGUACAUUACUUAUAAGGUAAUAGGCAGUUACAAUGGGACUGCACCUCCUGGAGAAGAGAUGACCAUCCAAAAUGACUCUAUAAUUUGGAAUGAUGACCAGACUACGCCUCCAUUUUCUGUGUGUAGUGAAAGCUGUCAGCCUGGCACCAGGAAGGGAAUUCGACAAGGAGAACCUGUUUGUUGCUUUGAUUGUAUUCCAUGUGCUGAUGGUGAGAUAACCAAUGAAACAGAUUCAAGGGAAUGCAUUCGUUGUCCUGAAGAUUACUGGUCCAAUGCAAAUAGAGAUGAAUGUGUGCAUAAAGUGAUUGAAUACCUUGGUUACAAUGAUCCCCUAGGAAUAGCAUUAAUAGCACUAUCCAUAUUUGGGGCUUGCGUUACUAUAGCCAUUGCUGUAGUUUACAUAGUCCGCAAGGAUACUGCCCUUGUCAAGGCUAAUGAUCGUGGACUGAGUUUAAUACUGUUAUUUUCACUAGUUAUAUGCUUUCUUAGCUCAAUUGUUUUUGUUGGUCUGCCAGUAGCAUGGUCUUGUAUGACACGACAGGUUCUUCUUGCUAUUAGCUUUGCUACUUGUCUUUCAUGUAUGUUAUCAAAGGCUGUUAAUUUGAUGCUCAAAGCCAAAGCAGUAAAAUCAUCUGAAGGCACAGAGAAAAAGCGAUUACGCCCUUUUCAGCAAAAAAUUAUUGCACUGAUUUUUACCUUAUGCCAUGCUUGUCUUUGUACAGCUUGGUUACUAAUUUUCCCUCCUUACCCUGUCAAGAAUACACUGUCUCAAAAUAUCGAAAUAAUUAUGGAAUGCAAUGAAGGCUCUGUAGCAUUUCUGUGUUGCGUAUUAGGUUAUGAUGCAUUGCUGGCUGGAAUUUGCUUUAUUUUUGCUUUCAUUGCGCGCAAGCUACCUGAUAACUUUAAUGAAGCCAAGUUUAUGACCUUUGCCCUGCUUGUCUUUUUUAUUGUAUGGAUUUCUUUUGUCCCAGCCUACUUAAGCACUCGGGGGAAAUACAUGGUAGCUGUUGAGAUGUUUGCAAUUUUGGCAUCCAGUUUUGGUGUGCUUGCUUGCCUUUUUGUUCCUAAAUGUUAUAUUAUCAUAUUAAAACCGGAAAGGAACACAGAGGAAUUAGUUCAGGGCAUAACUGGUACAAAUGAUAAGAGUGCUCCACCAACGUCACAGUCACUGUCCACCUCAGGAAUAAGCACUGCCUGUUCAACAGUUACUCUCAAUGGAUAA